AUGCAAAGCGCAUCACGUUUGCCACUCACGUCCGUACGAAAACCCGCCAAAAGCGAGUUCCCCGAGUACCUUUAUGAGGUGUCUGUAAAGUACAACCAAGCGCGUUAUGCGACGAGCACAAGCAUACAGCAGGCGAGGACGCGCGCGACUGCCGCCGACUCCGCUGAGGCCGAACGCCCGAACCGUGUCGCUCGGCGCGGGGCGGGAGCGACGAACGCCGUUCGCAGGUUAUCGUGA